AACAUAACGCUACUCGAAAUGAAUCAGUACCUCGUGGUAAAAGUCUAUGAAGUCAUUUACCUUCGAGCAGUGCCGCUGAGCUGACCUGCAAAAGAACAUUCGGAUAUAGUAUUUCGUGCUGAAAAGUUUUACAACCGUUGGGUUCGAGUUUGAAAACGUUACAAGUGCACACGCCAGGCUGCAACCAGGCCGUUGAGACAGAACUCCACGCCGCCAGUGCCAGUGCAGCAUUACCCAAUAGUUUAGCAGCAAGCAUGUGGAACACAGUGAUAGUGUAUUUGAUUUCAACUACGAUUGCACUGAUCAUUUACUUGAGAUGGACCCGAAGAAAGAUUCUUGCAGCCGUGGCUAACAUGAAUGGACCUCCGAGGCUGCCGCUGAUCGGGAACGCCUACAUAUUGGUUCGGUUUACCAGCACAGAGGCUAUCUACCACAACCUUAAAAAUCUUGGGAACUACUAUCCUUCUCCAUUGUGUAUCCACAUUGGUCCAUCAGUGAACGUAUUUCUAUACAGCGCCGAGGAAUUACAGGUGAUGCUGAACUCGCCGUACUGUCUCGACAAAUCAAUGCAUUACAGCUUUCUUCGUGUUAACCGAGGUAUAUUCGCUUCUCCAGCCCAUAUUUGGAGAGGUCAACGAAAAUCUCUGAGAGUUUCGUUGGGGCCAGCAAUUGCAAAUAGUUCAGUGGAUGUGUUUAACGAAAAAAGUGAUAUUUUAGUCGGACGCUUAGAACAAUUUGCCGAUGGUAAAGAACGUGACUACUUUCAUGACAUUGCUAAAUGUGCGUUGGAUGUAAUUUACUAUGCCGCACUUGGACUAGACUUCGACAUGCAGCGAACUAAAACCGGUGAUUAUUAUCUGGGUCUUCAGGACGAAUUUUUCGAUAUCAUAGCACGGAGAAUAUUCUCACCAACCCUCUACCCUGAAUUUAUUUAUCGACUAACCAAAGCAUACAAAAGAGAGCAAGAAAUUUUACGAAGCGCUCGAGAGCUGACAUACAAAGUAAUGGAACAGCGCAGAGUUGAAGAACUUAUGUCGUCUAAAACGAAGGAAAAUCCUUCAGAAUCAAAAACGGACAGUACGAAACCACUCAAUUUUCUGGAUUCUCUCCUGCAGCUAAGUCGAGAACGUCAACAACUCACUAAAGAAGACAUUACCCAGCACUUGGAUACAAUAAUAUUCGCUGGCAGUGACACGACAUCAACUACAAUGGCUAGCGUACUGUUAAUGAUGGCUAUGCAUCCCGACGUGCAAGAAAAGGUUUAUCAGGAAGUCAUGGAGAUUUGCCCAGAUAAAAAACAAUACGUAUCAUUGGAUGACAUCGCCAAACUGACUUAUAUCGAACAAGUAUGUAAGGAAACGAUGCGGUUAUUUCCAGUUGCUCCAAUUGUUGCUCGGGUGUCAACUCAUGACAUUAAACUGAAUGAUAAGAACACUAUCCCAGCCCAUUCGCAGAUUAUAGGAGCCAUUUACCAAGUUCAGAGAGAUCCCAACAUUUGGGGCCCAAAAGCACACCUAUUCGAUCCAGACAAUUUUCUACCGGAAAAGGCAGCUAAACGCCAUCCUUACGCAUAUAUUCCAUUCAGUGCCGGUCCCCGCAAUUGUCUUGGGAUACGAUAUGCUUGGCUUUUCAUGAAGAUCAUGAUUGUUCAUUUGCUCCGCAAAUACCGCGUGAAAACUUCGCUAACAAUGGAUUCCCUUAAUAUCAAAUAUUCAAUUCUUUUGAAAAUUACGAAUGGUUGUCUGAUCAGUUUGGAAAAACGCGACUAACCUGUUGCUUACUAGGCAAUUAUGGAUUAUCAGAAAUCAUCUUUUGGGUUUCCAAGGGACUUGAAAUACGCAAAAAUGCCCACCUAAUCCAUGUGAUGCAAUAUAAUUGUGUAAGUUAGACAAUAUCUGCCAGGCUUUUAAAACACUCUUCAUUAGGCACAUGGCACUGCACGAUCACUUUAAUUCGAUUUUGUUUCUUUUGAAUGAGUCAAGCUUUAUUCAGCAAUUGAAGAUAAUAACUAUAGCUUUACAAAUUUCUCAGGAAUAAUUUUCCCAAAUUCUGUUUGACCGAAGCGGUUUGAUUCAAAUAAUUCAAAAUUAAGUCAAAAUGAUCGUGCCAUGCCUGCCCUUCGUAGCUAUUCGAAUACAUAUGGUGACGCACAGGCAUUCGAAGUAGAAAGAAUUCUAUAUAUUAAGUGAUGUACCUAGUAAAUUGGGAGAUGGAUUCAUUAGUGAAAUCAUAAUAGAAUAAUGUAUUGAUUCAAUAAUCAAUAAGCAAUAAAACUUAAAUUCUAGAAAUUUCAUAAAGAUCAUCACUAAGCAACUUGAAGUAAAUUGGAAAGCAAGUUAACUGUGCCCAAAAGUGUUAAAAAUGCGCGUAAUACCCAACCGUUCUUUUUUCACUGAUUUGUUCAUUAUUUACUAGACUGCAGCAUUGUCACUAAGCAGUAAUUAAUUAGCGAGUAUUAUAAGAAUAAUCUUAUACAGCUGAAAAGCAUCGCCAAAUUGCUGCACAGUGCAUUAAAAUAAAAGCUAAUCAGUAAAAUUGGUUAUU